ACCACUAUCCAUCCUUCAUUCCAAAUAAAACUUAUCAAACAACCACCAGGUAAACAAUGGCAGCUGCCGCCGGAGUACUAUUUUCCGACCGCCACACCACCACCAUCUCUCUAAACACAUGCACCGUUCAACAACCACAAGCCACCGCCCAAAGGAUCCACAUCCUCUUCCACUUGACAGCCACACUAGCCAUCUUGUACUACAGGUUCACCACCUUAUUCAGCGGUGGUGACGUGCCCACUUUACCAUGGGCACUGGUCACCGCCGCCGAGGUGAUCUUCACCUUCAUUUGGUUCCUCACACAGGCUUUUCGGUGGCGUCCAGUGGCUCGAGGUGUGUCCCUUCGAAACCUCCCGGACGACACCGAACUGCCUGGUGUGGACGUGUUCAUCUGCACCGCCGACCCCAGUAAGGAGCCGACGGUGGAGGUUAUGAACACGGUCCUGUCCGCCAUGGGACUAGAUUACCCGCUAGAUAAACUGGCGGUGUAUCUGUCUGAUGACGGCGGUGCGCCGUCCACGCUUUAUGCUAUGAAGGAAGCUUGCUCUUUUGCAAAGAGUUGGCUACCGUUUUGUAGGAAAUAUGGGAUCAAAAGUAGGUGUCCGGAGUGGUUUUUUUCGACUUAUGGUCAUGAUGAAUUGCUUUUUAGAACGGAUGAGUUUGAAGCAGAUGAAGAGAAAAUGAAGUUAGCAUAUGAACAAUUCAAAGACAACGUUGAGCGAAGAACCAAUGGAGCUACGGUUGUCAACGAUAGGCCACCAUGUGUUGCGAUAAUACAUGACAACCAAAAGCAAAGGAACGGGGACGACCAAGUUCAAAUGCCUCUUUUGGUCUAUGUAUCACGGGAAAAAAGACCAUCUCUUCCUCAUCGUUUCAAAGCCGGUGCUCUAAAUGCUCUUCUUCGUGUUUCCGGAGUUUUGAGCAACGCUCCAUACAUGCUUGUGUUGGAUUGCGACAUGUAUUGCAAUGAACCAUCAUCCGCGAAACAAGCAAUGUGCUUCCAUCUUGAUCCAAAGCUUUCUAGUUCCCUAGCAUUCGUCCAAUACCCACAAAUUUUCUAUAAUGUUAGCCAAAAAGACAUAUAUGAUGGCCAAGCAAGAUCUGCAUACAAGACAAAAUAUCAAGGAAUGGAUGGAAUUGGAGGCACAGUUUGUUCAGGAACAGGUUAUUACUUGAAGAAAAAAGCCUUGUAUGGAUCUCCUAAUCAACAAGAUGAACAUCUCUUGAAUCCAAAAGAGAGCUUUGGUGAUUCAACCAAGUUCAUAGAUUCAUUAAAUCAUACGGAAAACGAAGAUAACCAAUCCGACCAAUUCACCACCGCCAUUUUAGAAGAGACCAAGAAGCUCGCUUCUUGCUCAUACGAAGACAACACCAAAUGGGGUAAACAAAUUGGUUACUCAUAUGAAUCAUUGUUGGAGAGUAGUUUCACAGGUUAUCUGUUGCACACAAGAGGAUGGAAGUCGGUGUAUCUAUAUCCUAAGAGAGCAUGUUUCCUUGGUUCCACCACCAUCGACAUGAAAGACGCCAUGGUUCAGCUCAUGAAAUGGUCAUCUGGUUUGCUUCAAGUUGGUCUAUCCCGGUUCAACCCUUUGGUCUAUGGGAUGUCCAGAAUGUCAAUCCUUCAAAGCAUGUGUUAUGCAUACUUCAUGUUCACACCAUUUUUGUCCAUUGCAUUUCUGCUCUAUGGCACCAUACCGCCAUUGUGCUUUCUUAAUGGUGUCCCAUUGUAUCCCACGGCUUCAGAUCCAUGGUUUAAAGUGUUUGCCGUGGUCUACGUUUCUUCACUUUUGCAACAUUUGUACGAAGUGGUGUCGAGCGAUGGAUCAUUAACGACAUGGUGGAACGAACAAAGGAUCUAUUUCAUAAAAUGCGUCAGCGCGUUGUUGUUUGGUUGUCUUGAUGUGAUGAUGAAGUCAUUUGGGAUGGUGAAAGCUAAUUUCAGACUGACAAACAAAGUGGUUGAUCGAGAAAAGCUAGAAAGAUAUGAGAAUGGUACGUUUGAUCUUGAAGGUGCGAAGAUGUUCAUGAUACCAUUAACGGUCAUGGUGUUGCUGAAUGUGGUAUGUUUCGUUGGGGGCAUCAAGCGAGUCAUAAGCAACAACAAUCUUGAUGAGAUGUUUGCUCAGGUUUUCAUGUCGUGGACAACUCUAUUAUUCAGUUAUCCGAUCCUGAAGGGGCUUGUACCAAACAAGACCAAAAGUAAGAAUAUUAAAACUAACUGAGCAAAACUAUCAUGUAAAGUUCUUACGUUUAUGGUCGUGAGUUCAUUUAUGAUUCUCGGAUAUAAUAAAAGAACAAAGAACAUAGUGAACUCGUCUGUAUAAUAUUAAGAGUUAAGUAUACGGGUGAUUCUUGUGGUUUA